GAAUAGCCAAAUACUAAGGCACGGCUAUUCUUAUUACAAAAUUACUCCCGACGAAUAUGUAUUUUUUAAAACCAGGAGUUUUGAGUCCUAGUUACAUUCAUUGUGAAACAAAACAAAAACUGGCAAUGUUAAGUGCAAGACAAGAUGAAAACUGUUAAACUAAAAUAUACAUUUGAGUGAGCUGAUUGAUGUUAAAAUGUCUGAAAGUGAUCAUCAAGAUAAUGCCAUUGUAGACCAGGGGGCCUCACCUAUGGAUCUCUCAGUACCUACUCACUCAACACAACCAAGUGCUGGACAGCAAAUGGCUGUGACAUUGGCCACAUCUCCAGCUGUUGGUCAGAUUACGAUUAGCUCUACCCCAACGUCUGUCACAAGUUUCCAGAUUCGUCCACAGCUCAUUUCAACAGCUUUUGGCUUUCUCCCUAAUGGCAGCAUGACUCUCCCAGUUCCUGGAUCUUCAUCUCAGCCAAUGGCAAAUCAGUCUCCCAACAUUCAGGUGGCUAGAGGUGGAAUCCCUAUUCUCAGCCCAGGCAUUGGUUCUGGUCAACUCACUUUUCACACUCGAGUGCCACACCCUGCUUUUCCACAGCAGAUCCCUAUGUCCACCAUACAACAACUAACUUUCCAACGAAUGCCUACUAAAGGUCAGUCAGUAGCAGUUCAGCGUUUACCAACAGGAACUGUAGUACCCAUUUCAACUCAACAAAUACUUAAUGUUCAGAAAGCUGCCAGCCCCAGCAAAGCUUCCAGACAGAACCACAGCCAUUCAAAGAACAAUUUUUCUCAUACCCAGAAAGCUCAUUCAUCUCCCUCUCAAAAUCAUUUAGGUCAUCGAAUACCUAGCCCCAAUGGGCAACAGAUUACUUUCCAGAAAGCUCUAAAUCCAAUUGUUGCUCAGCAGAUGACAGGCACUCCACAGCCUAGUUACAUUCAGUGUUUGCCUAACACAGCCUUGGUGACACAGCAGCUAUCCCAGAAUGCCACUGGUGGUGGUCUAAACCUUCAGUCCACUCCCUCAACAGUGGGGAACCUCCAAGUCUCAUCACCAGUGGGAACAACAGCUCUUGUAGGAUCUCCCACCAAUAUAGGCACAGCCACAAUCCUAGCCGGACAGUAUAUCCAACCCAGACCCUCUGUGGCAACAUUCAUAACUGGUGCUCCAACUGCUAUAACUUUAACUGUCACGUGCAUAGCGCCAAGCCCUUCAACAAAUUCUUCCCAGAUCUUGUCUUUAGCUACUAACCAACAAGGGCAAAUUUUAAGGCCUGUCAGCGGGAUAUCCCAGGCUCAGGCACUGCGAGCAGGCAUACCAGUGGUGCUGCCUCGGGCUGGCCGUCAACAAGUGCCUAAAAGUGCUCUAGCUCCACGCUUAAUCCAAAAACCUUUGGUGUCACCUACAAUCAACACUGGUCGACAGAUUGCAAUGCAAAUGCCAUCACUUAUCAGAAGCUCUUCUUCUCAGAUGAAUCCAGUUGUGGGUCCCCUGGCUGAAAAUAUCCAGGCCAACUCCCCCAUGUCAGGGCAGUCAAUAGCUGGUCUGGGAGUGGCCAUUGUUCUCACUACCACAGUCAGCAGCCCAACCACCAGUGUCACAACAUCUGUAUCAGCACCCAUUUCUUCUGUUGCCACAGCUGUUUCCCAGCUGCCAGAUCAUGUGGGGGAUGAUUUAAGAAAGUCUCCUGCAGCUUCUUCUGUCAGUGCUCUCUCAACUGAUUUGAAGGUUGUAAAACCAGCAGAGAACAAGUCUACAGCUCUUUCAGCAGUAAAUGCUGACAGUGCAGAGACACAAAGAGAAAGUUAUGUUAACUCAAUGGGUGAUGCAGGUUCAGAGAAUUCUCAAGUAUCUAUUGUUUCCAAUGGAGUGCUAAAUGAAGAUCCUGCAACAACUACUUUACCAGAGGUAAUGACCAAUGGACAUGAGGAAACAAACUCAAAAAACAAUAUAGGGGCAGAUUCUAAUGAAGAAGACAAAACAAAUCCUCUCACUAACUCUGAGAUGAGUUCAGGAAAUCAAGGUGCUAUUCUCACUGAAGGUUUUAUAGACUCCAAUCUAUUAGAGUGGGCUGAUGGUGUGGGGAGGUUGCCAGGCACUGACAUGAAGUUUAAAAUAAAUGAGUUUGGUGAUCUUGAACUGGUUGAAGAUAGUACUACCACUUCAGCUGCCAAGUCAGACAAUGUGACUGACAUUAAUAUGGAAAACAAUAAUGAAUCUGAUGUUGAUUUAGCUGAUGGCAUCGAUAACAUUGAUGGGAAAGUUUGUUCUGUUACUGAUCCAGCUGAGCUUUCGGAACAUGAGGGUGAUCCUGUUUGUUGUUGUGUUUACUGCGGUCGCUAUGGUUACAAAAGUAAUUUCAGAACAUCUGGCAGAUUUUGUUCUCAGACCUGUGCGGGAAAGAAAAAUCUGCACAGAAAACAAAUGAUAAUGUCAAGGAUGAUGAUGGGAAUGAAAAAUAAAAAGAAGAAAUUAAUCCCUUCCAGUGAUGUAAAAAUUGUCAAUAAAGAAGAUGUUGAAGUAAUAGAAAAGACCACAGAUAAAAAAGUACUAUCUUUUGAUUGGGACAAAUAUCUAGCAGAGACCAACUCUGUAGCAGCCCCAAAGAGGCUGUUUAAAGAGCCUUUUCCAAGCAAUCGUAAUGGCUUCCGGUUAUGUAUGAGAUUAGAGGGAGUUGACCCAAAACAUCAGUCACUCUUCUGUGUGCUAAGUGUUGCUGAAAUACAAGGCUACAGAAUGAGGCUUCAUUUUGAUGGGUACUCUGAGUGCUAUGAUUUCUGGGUGAAUGCAGACUCCCCCUUCAUAUUUCCUGUAGGCUGGGCUGAAAAAAAUGGCAAAAUACUUCAACCUCCAAAAAAUAUGACAGCUGAACAGUUUAACUGGACCAGUUAUUUGAAGCAGACAAGAGCUGUGGCAGCACCAAAAAGCUUAUUUCUGAACCAGCCAUCUUCAGUGACCCCUUCAGCAUUCCGUGUUGGUAUGAAGCUAGAAGCUGUAGAUAAGAAGAACUCCAGCCUGGUAUGUGUGGCCACUGUUGCUGACACUCUAGGAGACCGGAUCCUCAUUCACUUUGAUGGCUGGGAGGAUGUUUACGACUACUGGUGUGACAUCACAUCACCAUCCAUACACCCUGUUGGCUGGUGUAAGGCCAAUGGUCACUCUUUGUCUCCACCCCCUGAUUAUGGUGAUGGUGCCAAUUUUACCUGGGAUACUUACCUGGCUGAUACUAAGACAACGGCUGUACCUUCUCGAGCAUUCAAAACUCGGGUGGCCAUGGGCUUUGAGAAAGGCAUGAAGGUGGAAGUUGUUGAUAAACGCAACCCAAUACUGAUCAGAGUUGCAACAGUGGUUGAUGUACAAGACUACAGACUGCUGAUCCACUUUGAUGGAUGGGAUUCUAUAUAUGACUACUGGAUAGAUGAUGAUAGCAGUGACCUUCACCCACCACAAUGGUGCUCUAAAACAUUCCAUCCAUUGCAGAGUCCCAUAGACAAAAAAAAUAUAAAGACUAAUGUUGACAGUGGUGGCUGUCCAACUAUUGGAUGUAAAGGCAUUGGUCACAUAAAGGGAGCUAAGUACACUGGACAUCACAGUGCAUUUGGUUGUCCUUACUCUGAACUGAAUAUGAGCAAAGACACAGCAUUGACAGAUAGACUUGGCUCAUCUAGAUCUGAAGAAGGUGUUGGCCUACAGUCCAGAACUGAUAUCAACGCAGAUAUGAGGAAAUGCCCAACACCAGGAUGUGAUGGUCUGGGUCAUGUGACCGGCAAGUUCACCUCACAUCACUGUUUAUCAGGCUGUCCACUGGCUGAGAAAAACAUGGUCAAAGUUAAACAGGAAACUGUGCUUGAACCUCGACCAGUGGGUCGACCUGGGCGUGGGAGAAAAAGGAAAAUGUAUAGUACAAGCACACCUCUCCUACCUCUUGACAAAAUGAUAAAAACAGAACCAAUGGAAGGCUACAAUGAUGAGAAGAACUCUCUCCAUGCCAGCAUUCAUGAAUCUGUGUUCCAAACCUCGGCUUUGUCCCCUCCUCCCAAUGACCAGCCCCUAUGCUGGGAGCAGCAUGCUAAACUGCUGCCAGGGAUAAUGGAGGUCAACCAGAGUCUUGUGUGCAACUGGUCAGUUGAUGAGGUUGCAGAUUUUGUUUUCAAGCUUACUGGGCAGCAGGACCAAGCCCAGAAGUUCAAAGAUGAGGAAGUGGAUGGAGACUCAUUUUUGUUACUACAGCAGAGUGACCUUCUGAAUUUCCUAAACAUCAAACUGGGUCCAGCCAUUAAAAUCUUCAACAGUAUUCUUGUCUUUAAAGCUGCUAACGAUUUUUAGUACGAUGAUACUAUUUGCUUUUCUGUGUUGAAAGCUCUUGUAAAUAAUUUUGUAAACAAUGAAACAUGUUUUUGUUUUUGAAAACUACUGCAUUUCUUUUGUUGCUCAGUGUUUAGUUGUUUUAUCUAACCUAUUUAGGGCUUUCAUGGCACCGUGCCACCUCGUGAAUACCACACAUUUUUCAUGUGCCAUAAUUUUCUUACUGCUUCAAAUCCAACUUGAAUACUGUUGUGCCUGAUACAAGUGUGGUAAACUGUUUUACUAUGUAACUAUCCUUGGCCAAAUAAUCUAAUGCUGUAGUACUUGUACAUAUUAGUUGUUUUUUUUUUGUCUUAAUUUAAAAGUUAAAAUGGUUGUAAAUUAAGAAGACUCAUGUUAUGGUAAAAAAUAUACUGUGCUUUUGUCUUCUAAAGAAGUAGUUUGAAUUUGUAGAUAUGUAUUUUGUUACUGAUUUUUUGAAAAUAUCAGUGGUUGAUGAUCUAGCUGAGGAAAUUCCUAUCUAAGCUGACUAGUUAUGAUCUCAAUAUACUACAUGUAUAUAUUUGUUAAUUAUUUCAUUGAUACAUUUUUAGAUUACUCAUUCCUUUUUUUAAAAGAUCUUUUUAUUAUAUAUAGAUUGUAUGCUAAUGCUAACCUGAUUGCUUAUUUUGUUGGUCUUUUUGUAUUCAAAAUGUUAAUACUCUUAGCUUAAAUACACUGGCUUUACUUACAUACUCAUAGUUUGUGAAAAAAAUGUGAUCUGCAUUUUAGUCCAGUUAUAACUAGAUUAUCAUCAGGUGUUAAAGUUGUUUUAGUAUUCACUAAACACCCUUUAAUGAUUGGUGAAUCCCUCUUGUAUUGGUGGAGUUAGAUUUCUGUGUAUAGAUUAUUAGGUUUAUAAUUAUACUUAGGUUUCUAUUUCUGUUGUUCAUUUUAUAUUUUUAUUUAACCAGUUAAAAGUAUAAAAAUCAAGUGAUAUUACUCUAAAGUCUGAAUGUACUAUGGAUUUUGGUAAAAAUAUUGUUUUUAAGUACUUUUUCUACUGUUAUCAUCUAAACAUACAUACAUUUUUACAAUUGUAUAUGGCUAAUCAGACAAAUUAGUUGAACACUUAUAUCUUUACCAGAGUGUUUAAGUGUGGCAUAAAUAUCAUCCAAGUAUUUAACUAAUGCAUAAUUAGUAUUGUGCAAUCCAGGUGUUUGCUCCAUUGAUCUCUAAUUUAUGCAUAAUUUAGUAUAUGAUAUAACAUGCAUUGCUGAUGUUGUUAACUGAUCAACCCAGACUCUUGCAAGCAGCAGUUUGGUGUAGAAAAGUUGUUAAGUUGUACAUGGCAAAUCAUUCUGUUGUUUUACCUGCAUUUAAAAUAUUUGGUGCUUAUCUUUAUGUUAGUUUCAAUGUAUUCAGAACUAUGAUAAACAUUAAAACAUAUGAUAGAUGUUUAAAUCAUGGGAACAUUUUAUUUUUAUACAAAUUAGCUUUCAACAUUAAGAGUGUUUUAAUAUUAAAAGUAUCAUUUUGUUUUUCUUAUGAAAUCAUUUAAUUACAAACAUUUCUUUGCAUUUUUUUUUAAUGUAAAAUAUGAGUUAUUUAAAUCUAGUUAUUUUGUUAAACCUUGUUAUAAGUUGUAUCAUUUUAAAUGUAUAGCUAGAAAGUUAGUUUAAGACAACAUUAGAGAGAGAAUUUCUGUUAAAAUAGCAAUGUAUGGCCCACCAGGAUACUAUUACACUUGUUGAGAAGUUCAGAUGGGUGUCAUCUGACCUGUGAUGUAUGAUGUACAAGAUUACCUGUUGUUUUCCGGUUUAUUUUUAAAAAAUCAAUGAACUAUGAAAGUGAUACUUCCUGAGAUGAACUUUUUGUUGUUGAUUUCUGUUUUGUGGUUGUGAUCUUUGGACUAAUUUAAUUGACUUUACUGAGUCCUUUAUUUCUUGUGGAACGUAGAGCCUCAACCAUUUCCUCCGACUCAAUAUUUUGCAGUCUCCCAAGACAUCCGUGCUAUUUUUAGUUCUUUGAGAAGACUUAGUCUCCAAGUCUGUCUUGUGAGCCCUCUUCUGUGGAGUUCCAUUUGAGCACUGGUGUCAUUUCUGAUUUGGCUUUGGUUUCUUAACUAAAAUUAAUGGACGUGUAGUAAGCCAACUGUACAAUCCCCACCUG